CCUGCACAAGCCGUUCCCUUCACGGCGUCCGCUGGCACUAGAAACGACCUCACUUUUUGUUUCUUUCCACCACCAGCAAAAGCAGCAGCCACCUUGUUUGGGCAUAUACGGCGUGGUGUGGUCAACUCGAUCACUUCCGGGGCGCCUAUCACACGCCCGAUAGUGGUGUAGAUCAUCAUGUCUUCCCUCCUCAAUAGCAACUUCCUCCGGACCAACCCCGUCGUUCUAGCCCUUCGUCGGAAGGGCGUAUCCAUACGGCACGUUGCAGUCGCCACUGGACUUGCGCUCUCGCUAUGCGUGCUCUAUUACAACUAUCUGCCACGGCGGGAGGUUGUCCUGUUUCCCGAGGAGGUCAUCUACUAUCCGCCAGAGACGCAGGAAACAUGGUCGGCCAGGGCGGAGCAGGUCAAGGCCGCAUUUCUGCAUGCGUAUCAUGGGUACGAGAAGUACGCAAUGCCAGCGGACGAGCUAAGGCCCUUGAGCAAGACCAAGGCAGCUGACAAAUUCAACGGGUGGGGAGUGACUGCUGUCGAUUCCCUUGAUACUAUGCUUCUCAUGGGUCUAAACGAGGAGUUCGAGAGAGCCCUGCCGAUUGUGCAGAACAGCAAUUACAGUCUCCCGACAAACACCAGAGUGCCCUUCUUCGAGACCGUCAUUCGAUAUAUGGGUGGUAUGCUUUCCGCCUAUGCGAUGUCAAAGGAGGAAAUCCUUCGCACCCGCGCCGGCGACCUUGGGACGAUCUUGACCCCUGCGUUUGACUCUGCCAGUGGAUUCCCGACAUUUGGGGUGGACACAGUCAAGGGAAAUUCGGAUGGUAUGAAAAUUGGGAUUCUGGCAGAAAUCGCCAGUUACCAGAUGGAGUACGCAUACUUGGGCAAGAUUACAGGCAAGAAGUCGCACGUUGAUCAUGCAAGAAAAGCGACAGAAUUAUUGCAAGCCGCGAAUCUUACCGUGAGCGCCGGCGCGUACCCCGUUCGAUGGGACCUUACGACGGGUCAGCCUACGGAUUAUCAUGUUGCCCCUGGCGGUGCUGCCGACAGUGCUCAUGAAUACACCUUGAAGCAGUUCCUGCUGACGGGCAAGACGGAUAAAGCAAACCUCGAGAUGUACCUUCGAGCAACGAUGUACAUCAUGGGGGAGCUCAUGUUCAUCUCUCCGAAACGUCACCUUCUAUACGCGACCGACGUGUACCAAUACGAGAACGAGGCGCGGUACUCGCACACGUUCGAGCACCUCUCUUGCUUCCUCCCUGGCCUCUUCGCGCUCGGUGUGCACACCCUCCCACUCGAUGACCUUGCCUCACUUGGCGUCGACAUACACGAACUCGCAAAGGACCUCCUCCCGCGACACCAGAAGAUGUACGACUACAUCACGAAGCACUACACGCUCGGCGAGCUGCACCUCUGGGCCGCGCAGGGCAUGGCGCAGACGUGCUGGCUGACGUACGCGGACCAGCCGACGGGCCUCGGGCCGGAUUCGGUGACGAUGCGUGCGGGUGGCAUAUACGACGAGGUGCCGUGGCUGGAUGCGUUGGAUGCGUGGCGCAAGGCGGGACGGAAGGGGAGUCCGCCGGGGGUGGGCGGGAAGACGCCGUGGACGCAGUGGAAUCUGACGUAUGCGAGUGCGAAGGACCGGGAUCGUAUUUUUGCGGAGAGGGAUUAUGGGCUGAAGAACGCGGCGUAUUAUCUGAGGCCUGAGGCGGUGGAAUCGUUUUAUUUGCUCUGGCGCACGACGGGCGACGUGAGGUGGCGGCACCACGGGUGGGACAUGUUCCAAGCAAUCGAGAAGAUCACAAAGGUGGAAGCGGGGUAUGCAUGCGUGCACAAUGUACAUCUGGAAGAUUACAAACUCCACGAUGAGAUGCCUAGCUUCUUCCUCGCAGAGACGCUCAAGUACCUGUACCUGCUGUUCCAUGAGGAAGAUCUCGUGCCGCUAGAGCAAUGGGUGUUUAACACCGAGGCGCACCCGCUGCCUGUGUUUGAGUGGGAGCAAAGGGAGAAGGAGGCGUAUGGGAUAAAUUGAGCCGGCAGGGACCUGAAGCUGCCGACUCACGAUCUGUGUAUAAUUUACUUGAGGUAAAAUCGGUUUUAAAUGGACAAUAUUAUUGGACUUGCUUUCGUGGAUU